CCAUCAUUUGUCCUCCAAAGUAACGACAAUCUUAUUCCCAUAAGGUGUUGAGCGUGCUCGGCCGGACAGGAUCCCAAGCGCAGUACACACAGGUAUUCAAGAUGGCUGCGGGAAUCGCCAAGUGUAUCGUGUAUCACGAGAGAGGCGAGGAUGGCCGUCAUAAAUAUCGAAUGCAAGAUAUCCCGCUGCCUGACAGACUUAAAAAUAAGCCCGUUGCAGUGAUAUCCAUAUUUGGAAGAGCUAGAGAGGGGAAAUCAUUCUUGAUGAGUAGCAAGAAGGUACUCAAAGAAGCAAAAUCCCCCGGCUUCUGACCGAACUAAACACAAGCAGUCCUCUGGAGGGGUUCCCUUGGAGAAUGUCUGCUAGGAGGGUUACAACAGGAAUUGACAUAUGUGAUGAGAUUUUCGUGAGGACGUUGCCCAGUGGAGAAGAGUUUUUCACCGAGGAUAGCAAGGGCUUUGUUGAAAGUGGAGAAAUGCAUUUUCCGAAACUCUUCUUCCUUGUGAGGGAUUGGAAAAACAUUCAUGAUUACCGGUACGGGGUUGACGGAGGAAAAAAAUACUUGAACGGAAAGAUUGAGAUUGCUCCGAGUGAAGAAAAAGAGAGAAUCAGUGAAAACUUGCGCUGUUACUCGGAGACCAGCUGCUACCUGAUGCCUUAUCCGGGAAAGAAAGUGGAUCGUGAUCCAGAAUUCAAUGGCUCCCAGCUAUCCGACAUGGAGGACGCGUUCAAGAAGCAUCUGAAGGACCUGAUUGAAAAGCUCUUUUCCCCAGAGAACUUGAUUCUCAAGGAAAUAGCUCGCAAGAGAGUCUCGCUCCAGGAAUAUUUAAACAUUUUCAAGAAAUACGUGAAGAUUUGCAACAAUCAAGACAGCAUCAUUCAGAAUCAAAGUCUUUUUGAGGUCUAUACAGAGGCUCGCUAUAAGAACAUCAGCGAUGAAGAAUUCCAAAUGUUCGCUGAUGAAAUGGACAAGCUCAUGAUCUUUACGAUCAUGAUCUUGUCAUGA